ACAAGUAACCUGGUGUUAACUGCUGAAUGCAACCAAAGCUCGCACUGCUCUUAAUUUGAGGACACAGCCUCCGCCGUUGCUUCUCCGUAUUCCUCCGCGCCGCCAAACGGGACUAGUUCAGGUGACAUCCUCGACAAACCCGCCCCCCUCCCUCCGGAGGUGUUGCCGUCUGUGGAUGACAGCAGAGCAGAGGACCGAAACAAAUGCCCGUGCUGCUCUUUUAGAGAGAAGUGAAGAUACAGAGCAGGUUUAUCUUCAUUAAAACAGCCUACUUAUUGCUCCUCGACCGGGGUCCAGUGUGAGAGCUUCAGGGACGGGGACGGUGGUCUGAUCUGGAGUCAGCGUCUCUCUUAGGUAACAGCCUCUACACCUCCUGGAUGCGAUGACCGACUCGGUGGUGGACAGCAAGGCGGAGGUGAAACAAGCCACGAAAUAUGUCAAAGAGACCGAAAACGUCGCGGAAAAAUAUUCAGCGCUGACUGUCAGCAAGAACAGCAGCGACGUGAACAUGAACGUCGGGGAGAUGCCGUCGGCCGCGUUCACCGCAGUCCCCACGCUCAAAUCCGUCAAGAAGAUCCAGUUUGCGAACACUGAGGACAAACAAGAGUUCAGCAAAUACCCCACCAAAGCUGGGCGCCGCUCCCUCUCUCGGUCCAUCUCGCAGUCCUCCACAGACAGCUACAGCUCAGCUGCGUCAUACUCCGACAGCUCCGAUGAUGAAACCUCUCCCCGGGACAAAGCCCAGGUCAACACCCAGGGCAGCAGUGACUUCUGUGUGAAGAACAUCAAGCAGGCCGAAUUUGGCCGCCGUGAAAUAGAAAUUGCAGAACAAGACAUGUCAGCCCUGAUUUCCUUGAGGAAGAGAGCCCAGGGGGAGAAGCCAUUGGCUGGGGCCAAGAUAGUAGGCUGUACCCACAUUACUGCUCAGACUGCAGUGUUGAUCGAGACUCUGGUAGCCCUCGGGGCCCAGUGUCGCUGGACUGCCUGCAACAUCUACUCCACUCAGAAUGAAGUGGCUGCUGCUCUCGCUGAAACAGGGGUAUCUGUGUUUGCAUGGAAAGGUGAGUCAGAGGACGACUUCUGGUGGUGCAUCGAUCGCUGUGUCAACACGGAGGGCUGGCAGGCUAAUAUGAUCUUGGAUGAUGGUGGAGACUUAACCCACUGGGUGUACAAGAAGUAUCCCAGUGUCUUUAAGAAGGUCCGGGGCAUCGUGGAGGAGAGUGUGACUGGAGUGCACAGGUUGUACCAGUUGUCUAAGGCCGGCAAGCUGUGUGUCCCUGCCAUGAAUGUGAACGACUCUGUCACCAAGCAGAAAUUUGACAACCUUUACUGCUGCCGUGAAUCCAUCCUGGAUGGUUUGAAGAGGACCACAGAUAUAAUGUUUGGAGGCAAACAAGUUGUUGUUUGUGGUUAUGGAGAGGUGGGGAAAGGCUGCUGCACCGCUCUAAAGGCCCUUGGAGCCAUUGUGUGCAUCACAGAGAUCGACCCUAUCUGUGCCCUGCAGGCAUGCAUGGACGGCUUCCGAGUAGUCAAGCUGAGUGAGGUCAUCCGGCAGAUGGACGUGGUGAUAACUUGCACUGGUAACAAGAAUGUGGUCACUAGAGAACAGCUUGACCGAAUGAAGAAUGGCUGCAUCGUCUGCAAUAUGGGACACUCCAAUACUGAGAUUGACGUGGCGAGUCUGCGUAGCCCUGAGCUGACCUGGGAGAGGGUGCGUUCUCAGGUUGACCACAUCAUCUGGCCCGAUGGAAAGAGGGUGGUUCUGCUUGCAGAGGGCCGCCUCUUAAACCUGAGCUGCUCCACAGUGCCUACGUUCGUGUUGUCCAUCACUGCUACAACUCAGGCCCUGGCCCUGAUUGAGUUGUUCAAUGCUCCAGAGGGGCGUUACAAACAGGAUGUGUACCUCCUGCCCAAGAAGAUGGAUGAGUAUGUGGCCAGUUUGCACCUACCAAACUUUGACGCCCACCUGACAGAGCUCUCUGACGAGCAGGCCAAGUACAUGGGUCUUAACAAGAACGGCCCAUUCAAACCUAAUUAUUACAGGUAUUAACGACAGUGUCUGAUGCGGGGAACCUCAACACACAGUAACCCCGGGAUAAACAGAGAUAUCUAUUUUAUUUUGUAAAUUGCUACAAAAUGGAGGAAUUAUUUUAAGUAUGCUGAAUGUAACUUAUUAAUAGCACUUCGGACACAAUGUUAAAUAUGAAGAAUAAGAUGUGUAGGAAACAUAUAAUGUAUAACCAACUAACAUUUUACAUGUCUUGUCACGUGUUUCAUAGAAAAGCCUGCUUGCAUGCUUUCAUGUGUAUGUACUUAUUUAGUUGCUAAAGCUUCUGUUGCUAGAUCACAAAGUUGUUGGUUUGUUUACCCUAUUAAUGCACAGUGCCAAAUGAUGGCUGGAAGAAUGGAACAGAUACCAUGUAUGUUACUUCUGUCGAUAUUAAGAUUUAAUAAGUACAUUCCACGAGCCAGGGUUUUGGCUGAGCCAUAACAAGCUCUGUAUAACAAUGUACAUUGAUUUAAAAAAAUGUUUGCUUUGCAGCGUUUAAUAAUCUAAUUUAAUGGUAUCUGCAUACAUGACCUAAAAGGUAUCAUCCAGUCACCCUUUUUUAUUAGAAGUACAGUGAUUAAAUAUAACACUUAUAAAAAUGUAGUCAGUAAAAGGCUGAGUGAAUUUUGAACUCCUGACUCUUGGUGUUGGCAUUCAACACCCAAAGCUUCACCUGAAUGAAUUCAAACCAAAAUGUAUUUUUAUGUGCUAACAGAUGAACAUGUUUUGUUAUGUUAAAGAUAACAAGCUGUAUGCAUGAUUUUCUUUAUUUAAUACCAAGUUUCCAUUCGCUCACUCAAAUUCCAGCUGUGAUCUGUUACUCUGACAUGCAGCUAGGUCGAUUAUAAAGUGUUUUGCCUGGAUUAUACCUUUUAAGGCCAUGGUAUGAAUGUGCCUUUUAAAUAAUUUACAACAGGUACAUUUCUGCACUGACCUUAAUUAAAUGAACAUUCCUUUUUUGUAAAACCACAUCUAUUAGUGGUGUAUUUAAUGUCUUCCUUCCACUGCUUCUGGUAUUAUUAAUAACUCUAAUGUAUGAGCUGUGUUGAGAAAAAAUAGUAGACUUGUAUGUUUGCCAUAUGAUUGUCGCUGUCUUAAUUUGAUCCAAUUGGGUCACCUAAAGUAAAAUUUAAUGUCAUCAAAAUGCAUAAGUGUAAACAAUGUAUGUAAAAUAAUGCAUUAAAUCAGCAAUAAAACAACUUCUUUUG